CCUCUCUCUCGUUUCUUCUCCUCCCUUUUCCCCUCGCUUCUUGUCCAGCCUCUCCCUCCAAACCCUGCAUCGUUUCCCAUAAAAAAAUGGCCGACACCGAGCCCUCCUCCCCUUCCUCCGCCGCCUGCGCCGACGUCUCGUGCGCCGCCGUCUGCUCCACCUCCACCUCCGCCACCGCCACCGCGGCCGAGGCGAGCCCGCCACCGUCGGUGUGCUCUGCCUGCGGCGGCCCCACCGCCUCCGUCGCAUCUCCACCUCCCUGGACCGACGCCUACAACCCGCCGGCGUACCGCCCUAUCCGCUUGCCGGCGAUCAACGCCCCCACCCAGACCAACGCCAUCAUCCUCGCUCCCGUCCCCCAGCCCCUCCCCGUCCCCCGCGCCAUCCCUCCCUAUGACUUCGAAACCCCCACCAAGCGCAUCUCCUCCCCCGAUGACAUCCGCCGCUUCCACUCCUCCGCCGCUGGCCGCCACUUCCUUGGCUUCAUCGCUGCCCUCUCCCACUCUGUCCGUGGCCACAAGAUCUCCGACCCCGUUCCCCCCCUCUCCCAAACCCUCACGUCCCUCCUCUUCCUUCUCCAAACCCUAACCUCCUGGAUCGACGAGAUUCCCCCCCUCCCACAUCCCGCCCGCUACGGCAACCCCGCCUACCGGUGCUGGCACGCCCGCCUCUCCGCCGAGGCCCCCGCCUUCCUCUACCCCAUUCUUACCUCCGACGAGCUCCUUCCCGCCGCCGACGAGCUGCUCCCUUACCUUCUCGAUUCCUUCGGCAACGCCUUCCGCAUCGACUACGGCACCGGCCACGAGACCAACUUCGCCGCCUUCCUCUAUUGCCUUGGCCGCCUCAGCCUUAUCAGGGAGGAGGACUACCCAGCCCUCGUCACCCGGGUCUUCGUCGCCUACCUCGAACUCAUGCGCAGGCUCCAGACCACCUACUCUCUCGAGCCCGCUGGGUCUCACGGUGUCUGGGGCCUCGACGACUACCACUUUCUCCCCUUUAUCUUUGGCUCUGCUCAGCUCAUUGAUCACAAGUAUAUGAAGCCCAAGUCGAUUCACAACCAGGACAUUCUUGAUAACUUCUCUCAUGAGUAUAUGUACUUGGCCUGUGUGGCCUUUGUGAAGAAGGUGAAGAAGGGGGUAUUUGCUGAGCACUCCCCGAUGCUUGAUGAUAUCAGUGCGGUCCCGACAUGGAGCAAGGUGAACAGUGGAAUGUUGAAGAUGUAUAAGGCUGAGGUGCUUGAGAAGGUGCCCAUCAUGCAGCAUUUUCUCUUUGGUUCGCUCAUCAAAUGGUGAUUCUAUUCCUUCUGAAUUGCCCUUGCUGUUACAAGCUGAUGCCUUGGGCAUUGGAUUUCCCAGGGAUUAAAGCUCUUUCAGAUGGGGUGCGGCCAUUGAUGAUCACCAAGGCUCGGCUUCUGUCUAGCAUACAUGAUGCUUGGCUCUACAGCAUGAUGUAAUCUAACUUUCAUGUACAGGGAUGAACCAAGUUGUCUUGUAGAAGUUCUGCAACCGGCUCUUUUUCUUUGGCAUUUGCUCUUCACACACACACAAAAAGGACUACAGAUAUAAGAUGUAAUAAUUAAAUAUGAGUUGCACAAUUCAGAUCUCUUCAUACAAUUUGUUUGGUGAAAGCAUGUUUGGAUUCAAGCUGAAUCACAACUACAUUAAGGCAUAUAUAAAACAGUUGUUUGCUCAAACAAAGAAUAAAUACAUGGAUUCUGUUUUAACUAAACUAGAACUGAAUGAAGGCUGUGGCCAAUCCUA